CAGGGGGGCUGUCCACAGGCUCGGCUUUAUAAAGCCAUCUCCCUCCAGCAUUCUUCCUACUGAAUGUGAUAUCUGGCCAGCAGCAUGUCGAGAUCAGCUCUUGGACUGUGCCUGCUCCUGACCCUCAUCCAUGGAGCAGAUUUCUCAGAGCCUCAACCAAAAUAUAUGCUGUUGGUUCCUACUGUCUUGAAGGCCAACAAUGAGCAGAGAUUCUGCCUGCAGAUGUCCCAUUUUAAUGAGUCUGUUACUGUGACUGUGGCCCUGGAGACAGGGAAAGAGAACAUAACAUUACUGGAGAAAGAAGUCACCCAACCUGGAGAAGACAACUGUGUCACUUUUAAAACUCCUGCCUCUGAUGAAGCAAGAGUGGGAUACAUCACUCUAGAAGUUGUGGGUAACACGUUGCACUUCAGGAAAAAAAAAAGCGUUCUUAUUAGACCCCUACACAACCUAGUGUUCAUCCAGACUGACAAAGCCAUAUACAAACCUGGGCAGAAAGUUCAGUUUCGUAUUGCUGCCUUGGAUGAAACAUUUCGUGCGGUGUCUGAAAAGCUUCCUAUGGUUUACGUUGAGGAUGCUCAGAGAAAUCGCAUUGUCCAAUGGUUGAAUGUGGAGACCAAGAAAGGAAUAGCAGAAGAGUCUUUUCCUCUCCCCUCUGAGCCUUUAUUGGGAACGUAUAAGCUGGUGGCUGAAAGGCAAAGCGGCUCACAGAUCAAACAGCAUUUUUCUGUGGAGGAAUACGUGCUACCUAAAUUUGAGGUGAAGGUGACAGUCCCCUCAGUUAUGACUAUUCAAGAUGAAGAGGUUGAAGUUAUAGUAUGUGGCAAGUACACCUAUGGAAAACCAGUUGCAGGAAGAAUCGAUGUCCAGGUCUGCAGAAAGUUCACAGACAGCUAUUCUUCUUGUCGUCUGGAACAAAGAAGUGUAUGUGAAGACUUUUCCCAUGAGGCUGAUAAAACUGGAUGUUUCUCACAAGUGGUGAAGACCAAAAUCUUCCAGCUGAAACGUUCUGGCUAUGAGAUGAAACUUGUUGCAAGUGCAAAAAUAACAGAGGAAGGAACGGGAGUUAUACUGACCGGGGAGGGACACUCUGACAUCAAGAAGACUAUUGCCAAAGUAUCAUUCCGACAGCUGGAUUCCCACUUUAAGAAGGGUAUUCCCCUCUAUGGACAGAUUUUUCUAGAAGAUGCCAGUGGUAAGCCAAUUCCAGAUAAGAACGUGACAAUCUUUGUAGGUUAUCAUGGCAAAAACUUCACCUACACUACAGGAUCUGAUGGAACUGCAGAUUUUUCCAUUGACACCAAAUCUUUUCCUGCAUCAUCUAUCAAUCUCAGGGCCGUUUACAAAACUGGAGAGACAUGCUACAGUCAUUACACGUUGUUUCCAACUUAUGAGGAGGCUUCACGUAGCGUCAGUCAUUUCUACUCCCGGACUCAGAGCUAUAUAAAGUUCCAGCCCAUAUACAGGACUCUAAGCUGCGAAGAAAAUGAGAAAUUUACAGUAUUCUACGCCCUGAGUCCUGAAGGUGUUGGAAAUGUGUCUGGUGUUGUGUUUCACCACUUGGUGAUGGCAAAAGGAGAAAUUGUUGACUUUGGAAAGCAUGAGGUGAAAUUAACUUCAGCUGAAGAAUCGCAUGGACAGUUUACAUUUACUCUUCCUGUAAAUAUUAACACUGCACCCAUAGCUAAAGGGCUGGUGUACCUGGUUCUUGAAAGUGGUGAGGUUAUUGCGGAUAGCGUCAGCUUCAAAGUAGAGAAUUGUUUUACGAACAAGGUGAAGCUCUCUUUCUCUGCCAAUGAAGCUCUUCCGGGAUCACAAGUCGAUCUCACCCUCUUCGCUCAACCCAACUCGCUCUGUGCGUUGCGAGGCGUAGAUGUCAGUGUAUCACUGCUGAAACCGGAGGCUGAACUAACAGCAAAAUCGAUAUAUGACCUCCUGCCGGUUACUCAAUUGUCUGGCUACAAUCACAACGGCCAUUACUUAGAAGAGGAACGGGAGGAUCCCUGCUUGAAGUUGGAUCCUAUCUUCAUGAACGGAGUGUAUUAUACACCGUCUACCCCUAACUGGAACACUGACACUUAUGCCAUCUUCAAGAGCCUGGGUCUGAAAGGUGCCACAAAUAUGAUGAUCAGAAUCCCUAUCAUCUGCGCACAGGAAGAUGUGGCAUAUUAUGACUAUGCUCCACAAGCUAGCUUGCACAGAGGAGGAGCUGUACCAAUGAGCAUGCCCAUGAGAGUCGGCCUAGAAUCAGAAUUGAUAAUGGAAGAUGUCAUUGAAUCUGUCAGGAAGUUGUUCCCUGAAACCUGGCUGUGGGACUUGAUUGAGAUUGACUCCAUUGGACAUUCAAAUUUAAAGGUGACGGUACCAGACAGUAUCACCACAUGGAAAGUCGGCAUGUUCUGUACAUCCGAGGAAGAUGGUUUCGGCCUCACACAGCCAGUCUCAGUGGUAGCGUUCCAGCCAUUCUUCCUGGAAGCAAAUGUACCGUACUCAGCAAUCCGGGGCGAGGUGUUCCGUCUGAAGGCCACUGUACUUAAUUACCUCAAGGAAACCAUAAGGGUAAACAUUGGUUUGGAAAAAUCUGAUGAGUUCACAGCUAAAAAAAUAAGCACCGAUGAUGAAGAUCACUGCAUAGACGCGAAUGGCCAAGUGACCGUAUCCUGGGAAGUGACAAUGAAGUCUCUAGAUGAAGUGAACUUUACAAUCAGUGCAGAGACUCUACCCGGAGAAGGGCACUGUGGCAACGAGAUUGUGAAUACAGUGCAAGGCAGAAGGGACAUCGUUAUUAAAUCUAUGUUAGUUCAGCCAGAGGGUAUAGAAAAACAAGAAACCCAGAACUCUAUAAUUUGUGGAAAAGGUUCUGAGAUUUCUAAGCUGAUUUCACUAAAACUCCCAGAAAAUCUGGUGGAAGGUUCUGCUCGAGCCUACUUCUCUGUUAUCGGGGAUCUCAUGGGAACUUCAAUGCAGAAUUUGGGGAAUCUCCUCCAGAUGCCAUUUGGAUGUGGAGAACAAAACAUGGUCCUGUUCACUCCUAAUAUUUAUAUACUGGACUAUCUCAACGGAACAAACCAACUUACCCCAGCGAUAAAAGCCAAAGCCCUGAGCUACCUGACCACUGGUUAUCAAAGACAGAUGGCUUAUAAACACCCUGAUGGAUCCUACAGCGCAUUUGGCCCAGGAAGUAGAGGAUAUGGGCAACCAGGAAAUACCUGGUUGACGGCCUUUGUCAUGAAGUCUUUUGCCAGAGCCCAAUCUUACAUAUACAUCGAUCCUAAACACAUAAGUGAUGCUCUGGCUUGGCUCACUCAUCAACAGAAGGAAAAUGGCUGCUUCCGUAACACCGGCUAUCUCUUUAACAAUGCCAUGAAGGGUGGAGUAGAUGAUGAGACCACUUUGGCUACAUACAUUACCAUAGCUCUAUUGGAAUAUCCAUUGUCUACAACGCAUAUCGUGGUCCGAAAUGCGUUAUUCUGCCUGGAGAGUGCACUGAACAAAGAAAGCAACAUCUAUACACAAGCAUUAAUGGCUCACGCCUUUACUCUUGCUGGAAAAAUGGACCUUCGUGCUCGUCUUCUUCAGUCGCUGCAAGAAAAGGCCAUUAUGAAAGAUGAUACCGUCCAUUUGCAUCGCCCAGAAGUACCAAAUGAUUCAGGGAGAGUGAGAGACAUUCACAGGAGACCCGCAUCCUACGAAGUUGAGAUGACCUCUCACAUGUUGUUGGCCAUGUUGUCCAAACCUGACGUCUCUACUGAAGACCUAACUGCCGCCUCAAAAGUUGUCUCUUGGCUUGUACAACAACAGAACUCCCAAGGAGGGUUUUUAUCUACUCAGGACACAGUUGUUGCUCUUCAGGCGCUCGCUGUCUAUGGUUAUCAUACUGUCAGCCAUGAUGGUCCCAGAGAAGUCACUCUAACACUGGACAAUGCUCAAGUUGCAAAAUUCACUGUGGAAGAUUCUAACCGUCUACUCCUGCAGAAGGCUCCUUUAUCUAGUGUGCCGGGAGAAUAUACUGCCACUAUCACCGGCACUGGUUGUGUGUAUAUACAGACUAACCUGAAGUACAACAUACCACAUCCUGAGGGUGAAGCACCAUUUAACAUUUCCGUGUCCACUGUGCCAGAGAUCUGUACCGUCAAGUCCCUUAAAUCAUUUAACAUCCUAGUCAAUGUCAGCUACAUUGGCAACAGAGAGAACUCAAAUAUGGCAUUGGUGGAAAUCAAGCUCCCAUCCGGAUACACACCGAACAAGUCUUCUGUCAAACAGCUACGGGGACAUAAUUUGAUUAGCAGGGCAGAGGCGCACCCCAAUAAAGUUAUUGUGUACUUUGAGAAGCUUGGUAAAGACAUGAAGUCCUUCACGUUCUCAGUUGAACAAGAAAUUCCUGUCGGUAACCUUCGGGCAGCCACUGCCACCAUCUUCGACUACUAUGAGACAGAUGACAUCGCUGUGACAAAAUACUUCCACCCCUGCAGUAACAAUGGAGAUGGAGCACAGAGCACUGAAUAGCCCGGCAGGGAAGCAUCAGCAAAUAUGUCAGGCUGGAUAAAGAAUAUAACAAUUCCACUAUAUCAUCUGUACACAGAAUAUUCUGAUAUUUUUUAUAUGUUGCUGUUUUAUGUGAUUUAUGGGUUGUAAUAAAGCAGCCAAUCUGUUAUAAAA